AUGGAGGUGCCGCCCGAGGUAAUCCUGUCCGUGACGCAGCACGACGGCCGCGCCUCGUCUGCCACUGCGGCGCUGGCCCUGGCAGCUGCGGAGGCAGCGGCCGGGGGCGACCUCGAGCUUUUCGACGUGCUCGGGGAUCACAAGGGCCCUGGAGGCCUCAUCUCCACAGUCAUAGAGGACGCCACGACCAUGCACCUCUGCGCCAACGACAGCCGCAGCCGCAAGGCCAGGCCCCCCGCUGGCGGAGGUGGGUGCAACUCCGGCAGCACCAGCCGCUGGUACCCUCGCCAGGCCUGCACCCCGCUGGAGCGCGGCCACUCCAAGGGUGCAGGCCGGGUGAGCUACCAGCAGCGGCUGUCCCUGGGUCAGUCGGAGCUGUGGGUGGUUCCCGUAGUGGAGGCUUGGGGGUUGCUGGGCCUCGCGCCGCAGGCCUUCGACUUCCUCAUCCGGGUCUUGGACAAGGUGCGCUUCCCGUCCUUCGUCAUCCCGGCCAGGCAGAUUUGCAUGGCUCCUUUCCGGCGGUACGCCUGGAGGUCUCAACCCAUGCCCUACGUCAUGGAGGUGUCUCUUCUGAAACAGGCCCUCCAGCAGAUCGGGGCCGACAAGGGGAGGAUCGAGCAGGCGACCUUCAACACGAUGCGGCGCUUCAUGCCGACGGCCUGCAACAUUCUCAACCUCCCCAGCUGGCCCAGCCGGAUGCCCAAGGCCGGGAAGGGGCGAGGCUACAGCUACGGGCAACAGGAAUGCAGGAUCCUCGGGGCGCUGGAGAUCUUGAGCCCUCUUCAAGUCGCCCUGGCCGAGUGCCGCAGCAUGACCGCCAGAGCGGUGGCGGCGUCGAGGCACGCGGCGGCCCUUGCCUUCCUUGCGGCAGUGUUUCGAUGGCCCGACCGUGCCCAAGCAGAGGAUUACAUCAGCGGCUUCUGCACCGUCGAUCGCGUCGAUUCUUUUGGCAUCUCCCGGUGGCUGUCAUGGCUGGGCGCGCCGGCCAAGAUCAGCAAGCGAAGUCCCAUGGCCCAGCGCCGAGUCAUUCUAGGGGCAGCGUUGACACUUGGAGCCGCGAGCGAGGAGGGCGGCCUCGUCAUCUCGCCGAAGGACAUGUCCAGGAGGCAGGUGCUGGAGGAUCUAGCGGUGCCUAUCCAGUCCCACUGGGCGCAGCCCGCCCAGGCCGCAAAGACCCGAGGGCGCAGCAACUGGGUAUCCAGCAACUCCCACGGCAGGAUUGGCCGCUUGGGGGUAGCCGUCCUCAAGCACAUCCAGUGCAGCCUUGAGAGCCCUCUGGCCUCAGAGCAGCUGGACGCCCUCAGUGAUUCCAGCCAGCCGGUCGUCCAGGUAAUCAUCCAGGCCGCGCACGUUCUUUGGGUGAGGUGCCGGCCGGCUCCGAGGGGGGCCGGCGCGCCAUGCCUCGGCCUGCGGCGGCGCGGCUGGCUCGCCGCAGAGUCGGCCACGCGCCGCGUCGCGGGGGGCCUCGAUGCCUUGCGGCAGUUGGGCGUCACCACAGACCUGAGCUUGAGCUUCAUUGGCGUCGGCAAGGUUGGCCGGACCAUCCAGAUAGACUCCACGGUCUUGAAGAUCGGCGGCGUCCUGGGCGUGGCCGAGGCAAGGGUGAAGGACGUUAGCACCGACAAGGUGAUCGCCGUCGGACGGCACACUCUGAUGUUUGUCGGCGAGGACAACUCUGCCACGACCUUCAGCCAGUCCAUGAACUCGGUCUUCGACGUGUGA